UCGCCCCCGCCUCAUCCCGUGCUCCCCCUCCCCGUUCCCCAACCCGACCAGGCUGUGCGCUCCAAUAAACGCGCCCCGCAGCGAGACGCGACAAACCCCGAGGGGGCAGCGGCGAGAGCGAGACGCCACCACCACCACCCCGACCCCCGGUAACGAACUCCACCUCCCGCGCCCGCGGACCAGCGCCAUGCGCCCGAGCGGCCUCCCCACCCAGCCGCCGCAGCAGCCCGGCACGCCGGGCCGCGCUCGCCGCCGCCCGGAUCUCACCCUCCCCAUGCCCCAGCGCGAGGUCGCCACCUCCCUCGCCGUCCCGCUCCCGCUCCCGCCCCCUUCCUCCUCCGCCCCCGCCGCGGGGGCGGCGCCGGCGCAGCAGCAGCAGCAGCCGCCCCCGCUCGCGGAGCUGGAGCGCGUCCGCCGCGUCGGCAGCGGCGCCGGCGGGACCGUCUGGCUGGUGCGCCACCGCGGGUCCGGCCGGCCCUACGCGCUCAAGGUGCUCUACGGGAACCACGACGACGCGGUGCGGCGCCAGAUCGCGCGCGAGAUCGCGAUCCUCCGCGCCGCGGACCACCCCUCCGUGGUGCGCUGCCACGGCAUGUACGAGCGCGGCGGGGAGCUCCAGAUCCUGCUCGAGUACAUGGACGGCGGCUCCCUCGACGGCCGCCGCAUCGCUGCCGAGCCCUUCCUCGCCGACGUCGCGCGCCAGGUGCUCUCCGGGAUCGCCUACCUCCACCGCCGCCACAUCGUGCACCGCGACAUCAAGCCCUCCAACCUCCUCAUCGACGCCGCGCGGCGCGUCAAGAUCGCCGACUUCGGCGUCGGGCGGAUCCUCAACCAGACCAUGGACCCCUGCAACUCCUCCGUCGGCACCAUCGCCUACAUGAGCCCCGAGCGGAUCAACACCGACCUCAACGACGGCAACUACGACGGCUACGCCGGCGACAUCUGGAGCUUUGGACUCAGCAUUCUCGAGUUCUACCUCGGCAGGUUCCCCUUCGGGGAGAACCUCGGCAAGCAGGGGGACUGGGCCGCGCUCAUGGUCGCCAUCUGCUACUCCGAUCCGCCGGAGCCGCCGCCCACCGCCUCGCCCGAGUUCAGGGGAUUCAUCAGCUGCUGCCUGCAGAAGAACCCGGCCAAGAGGCUCACGGCCGCCCAGCUGCUGCAGCACCCGUUUGUCGCCGGGCCACAGCCACAGCCCCUUGCUCCUCCUCCCCCGUCAUGACCACCAUUUCGGAUUGGAACUGCUAUGGAUCUCAAUUCGGCCUUGGCUGCAGGCAGUGGCGACUCUGAUCCGUCAUCAUGUCAGGUGUAUCCUUGCUUGGUUGGACAGAACCGAGGUGUGAGGGGAAUUCACUCUGCAUCUUGGGAAUCUCCACGGUGCCAAUUUGGAUGUUCAAUCCGUCAUCCCAUCGUCCUCAUCCGUUACUGCUGCUGUUCCCGCAUUUAAGGUCACUUGUUGAUGUUCUUCAAGCCAUUUUUGAGUGUUCUGUCCAUCAGUCAUCAUCCUCAACCAGCUCCUCACUGUAAAUUAAGGUUCUUUCCCCCUUUCCGUUCUUUGAUGUUCCUUACUUCCAGCGAUGAUAGCAUAACGAGAGAGGAAAAAAUGUGUGUAAAAAUGAUUUUGUAAAAGAUCAUAUGUCAAGUACAGACAGGUCCACUUCAUAGCCAAUUUCCAUUGUUCUAAAAAGGUUUGGUUAGAAACUUCAACUUCUUUUUUUUUCUCCUCUUCUCCAUGUAGCAGAUCUGGCAAUUGUGCUCGCAUCUCUUUGCGAUAUUUUUGGUGUAUUAGUGGGUGAUGAUUGAACACAUGACGACGAUAACAGUGCUGCGCCUUUGCUGCGCCCCUUGAUAGGUUCUUGGAUUCCUUUAUCGGGAUAUAUGAUUGCUUAGAGAGAAUCUUGAAGUGCGAAUAAAAACUAGCUUUGUUCUA